AUGGCGGAUGCUGGGAAACCGGAGCCGGGUCUCCGCGAGUGGGUGACGUUCUUCUUCACCUUCUUCUUCUAUGGCUGGGCGUCCUUGCAAGCUCUCCUUGAAGCAGACGGCGUGUACUUGGCGGUCUGCGCACCAGAGGAACCAUUGUGUUCCGAACGGACCAGCCGCAUGAUUCUGCUCUACACGGUGGACAACCUCGUCACGGUCGUCACCUCCGCGGUCGUUGCGAUGGCGAUAGAUCGCGUAGGGCCCGCUAAGCUGGCGUUGCUUGGAGGCCUUCUGCAGGCAAGCGCUCUGCUCCUGAUGGCUUUGUCCGAAGGGUCUGCCUCUUCGCCCUUUGACGGCUUUCUCGUGGCUUUUGCACUGAGUGGCGUAGGCGGCGCGACACUGAUGAUCUCGAACAUGAAGCUGGCCUUCGCAGUGCAGCCCCGGUAUUUCGCCAUGGUGAUGACGACCAUCAACUGCCUUAUAGACUCCUCUGCCGUCACUCCGUUGGGGCUUUACCGCCUCUACUUGCUUGGCCUCUCGCGCUUCAGCAUCUUCGCAGGCUAUGCUCUGGCAUGCCUCGUGCUGUCCGUGUCCCUGGGCUUUUGCUGGUCCGGGAGCCCCAUGAGAAUCCUGAAAGCGAAGAGCGCGGAGGAGCUGAAGUCGGCAGAGCAGACUGAAGCAAAGGAGGGGGAAGAGAGUCCCGGCUCGACGCGACCGCGGCUGCACGGUCUUUCGGUGAGGGAGCAGGUCCAUUCCCUGGAGUUCGCCUUCGGGGGCGUAUUCCUGACGACGCAGCUGUUUCGGUGCAACGCCUACCUCGGCAUCAACAAGGACCUGCUCCAGUCCCUUGGGGAUGCUGAGCAGAACAACCUGUACACCCAGAUUUUCAGCGCCCUUCUUCCGGCGUCAACGCUCCUGCUUCCAGCGUUCGACCUAUGCAUGUCGCGUGGAGGCUUUGUGUUCACCUUCGGCGUCGUUCUCUGUUUGGGACUGGUCUGGGGUGUGGUCACCCUCCUUCCCUCCCUUCAACUGCAGCUUGUGGCCUUCAUCGCAUUUACCAACUAUCGAGCUCUGCUGUUCGGCGUUUUCUUCACUUUUCUUGGCCACAGCUUUGGGAAUCGAACCUUCGGGCGAAUCAGCUGCCUGUGCUACGUGCUUUCGGCGAGCCUCUCCUGGACAAUCUGGCCGUGCAGCAACGCUUCCAAAGAGCUUACUGGUGACCUGACAGCCAUGAAUUGGUUCUUGCUGAUCCUCGGGGUACUGCCAAUCUGGAUGGUUGUCCUCCUGGCACGACAUCUCCGGAGAUUCCCAGCAGGUGAGCUGUGUACACGCCAGAAGCCCAUAAACAGCAAGGGCACUCCGGGCGAGCUGGACGAAGGAAUUCCUGUUGACUUUGACUCCGUGCUGGUGGACUUUACCCCAAAUUCUUCGCCGAAAGGCGCCAAUGGAUGGAGAAACUGCCUCGGGGCAUUUUUCUGCUGA